AUGACCAUUAAAGCCUCAAAGGAAACGACUGAAAGGAAACUUAACUCUAUCUCUUAUUCUGCAGCCAACUUUCUACCUAGACCUUCAGGUCAAAAACCCAUUCCAGCAACUGGAAAUAUUGUUCCCUUAAUAUUGCCUAUCUCAGUGGAGCCUAAUAAGACUGUCUUUACAAAAACAGGGACCAAAAGUGUGCCACAUCCACCCAGUCCAUCAAAGAACACCAAAACAGAACCUAAGACCUCUGAGACUACAACUUGUAGGGAUCAUGAGAAAGCAGGACAGGAACUUUGUUACGUGUGUAUGCAGCGCACUAAGGCCAACAGUGCACUGUAUUCUAAAGUCGAGAACAAAGAAGAAGAACAGGACGAGCAAUUUCUACAUCAAUACCAGAUAAUGAAUAACAAGGACACUGCAUUCAAAGACCAGGUAGUGUUAUGCAUUGAUUGAGAGGUGGUGCAGUGGGGGCAGCAGACAAGACAAGGCCACUGCAGAUGUCCUGCGCAUGUCUCCCUGGCAGUGUGCCAAAUCAGGCAUUUCAUGUGAGAAUAAAGUUUGGGUCAUGGCCAGGUUUCCAGGAACAGACUAAAGUCUUGUUUGGUGCACUAUGUUUAGGAGC